AUGCCACCGAAGUGCGGCGUUUUGGAAAAGGGAUGGAUCCCAGAGUUUGUCCUCCUGCCAGGGGGAACAGCUGUUGACUCGAACGGCUCAGUCACUCGCGCGAUCUGGGAAGAGCCAGAGCCUCGGUUGCCAACCUGGCUGUCUGAGCAGCUGCGGAUCCCAGCCGCUCUCCAGAGAGAUAUGACCCGCGCCUGGCAUCGCCCCCAGGGCACUCCCCACCAGCUACUGGCGGCGUUCGAGGCGCUCCUGUUGUGUUGCCUGGCACUGAAGGCACAGAUGCCGGAGCCUAAGCUCUCAGUGUCCGGACCGACACUUGGCACCGGCAGUCACAACCACAGCUCCAAGGGCGCAGGCAUCCUGGCAGCCCCACCCGGGCUCCGGGUACCCUUGGGCCGCUCCGUGUGGCUGGACCCAGUCCGGAACCUGGCGAUCCGUGUGCAGCCUGGGGACAGGUGCAUGGUAAUGGUCCUGGGUAAGGAUGGAGGCAGAGUGGCUGCAGUCUCCCCACCGCUGGGCGCGCUCUCCCCAGCCAGCUUUCCGUGCGCCUUUGGCCAGGCGCAAGUUCGCUACACUCAUUUUGGCGCCCGCAGCCCAGCACAGCAACAGCUCCGACUGCAGCUGCGCUACGAUUCCCAGAGUCAGACCCUCGUGCUACCUUUUACGAUGCCCGUGGACGUGGACUUCAGUCAGCCCGAGGUGGUCACUCGCAACCUGCCCUUGAUUGUGGAAAAGCUGCGGGGCUUCAGUAACGCCAUUGACCAAACGGUGCUGAACUUCUCCACUGCCUCUCUCACUGCUUCCUCCCUAAAUGGGGUCCCUCUGGCAUGCCGCCUCACCCCACUUCCCCGAGAAAGUGGCCCUUUGCCCAGGUAUGGAAGGUUAGUAGGACCCUCAGGUGCCUCGCUGCCCCCAGGAAGGGGAAUGGAUUGUCAGACUUUCUUGACCGCCGGGAUAUACUACCAGCACAUGACCACUGCCCCAUCACCCAAUCGGGACUACGUGCCCUUCUUGGUGGAGAUCGUAGGGCCAGAAGAGGAAAGGGACAUUAGACUACCCAGGAUCCUGGCCCAGGAGCACUUCCAGAUGCUGGUGAGAAUUCAAGAAGGAACAGAGAACUCUCCACCCAGGCCUAGUUUCGGAGCCAUGAUGAUGAUGGAGGUGGACCAGUUUGUACUGACAGCUCUGACUCUGGAAUCACUAGCAGCUGAGGACUUGGAAUCCAGUCCAGACGACUUGAUCUUUAACAUCCUUAACUCCUCUCCUGCACUUCCUGAGUCCCAUGGGCAGCAAGGCUACUUCAUCAAUACAGAUAAUCCCCUGGGACAACCAAUCACCUCAUUUACUCAACAGGAUCUGAGAGAGCUGAAGAUUGCCUAUCAGCCCCCUACUGAUGACUCCAACCAAGAGCGCCUUUUCCAGCUGGAGUUGGAGGUAGUGGAUGUGGAUGGGGCUGUCUCUGACCCAUUUGCCUUCAUGGUUGUAGUGAAACCGAUGAACACACUGGCCCCUGUGGCCUCUCGGAACCAGGGACUAUUACUGUUUGAAGGUCAGUCUCGGCCUCUGUCCAGUGCCCAGAGCUUGGAGAUCAGUGAUGAAGACAACCUGGAAGAGGUAAGGGUGACCAUAAUGAAAGGUUUGAAGCAUGGGCAGCUAGUGGUUCUUGGAGCACCUGCAGAGCGCAAAUAUUUCACAUCUGCAGACCUGGCUGCAGAGCGAGUAAUUUACCAGCAUGAUGGCAGUGACACCUAUAGUGACAACAUCAUUUUCCGCAUGGGUGAUGGGCAGCACGAUGUAGAGUUCUUCUUUUCCAUCACAAUUGCCCCUGAAGAUGAUGAGCCCCCAGUUGUCAAUACCAAUACUGGGCUCUCCUUGGCUGAGGGUGAAGUAGUCCAGAUUUCUCACUUUGAACUAAGUGCCACAGACAUUGAUUCUGAAGACUCUACCAUUCGCUUUGUACUAAAGAGGCCAGCCCUGGAGAAUGAAGAGAAAGAAAGAGGGUGGGACCUGGCCUCUACUUCCACCCUCACAAUGCAGCACCUAGGAGAGGUCCUACUGCGCCAAAGUGAGCCCCCAUCACCCUUGAUGGGCGAAAGAGGAAAAGACUGGACAUUUGUGGAAAAAGAGGGACUCUAUGAAAAAGUGGUGACUGAGUGGCUACAGCAAGACAUCCUAGAUGGGAGGCUCUUUUACCGCCAUCUUGGACUCCACCAUCCUAGCUCCAUGUUAGACCAACUGGUGUUCCAUGUGCAGGAUGACCAUGAUCCACCCAACCAAUCAGGUCAGCACUUCUUCACCAUCAAGGUGCAGCCAGUGGAUGUUCUGAGUCCAGAGUUGUACCCAGGAGUGAGCUUAGAGAUGAUUGUGAAAGAAUACCAGCUCACACCUUUUCAAAAGGAAUUCCUCUGCUAUACUGAUUUGGAUUCUGAUGACUGGCAUUUGCGAUAUACACUCUUGACACCCCCUACAGACAUAGACAAUAAUCAUCCUGUCCCAGCUGGGGAAAUUGUGCUUAUGGAUGCCCCAACAAUACCUAUUACACAGUUCACCCAGGCCCAGGUGAACCACCAUAAGGUGGCCUACCAACCUCCCCAGCAAGAACUAGGUAUUGCUCCUCGAGUUGUCCAGUUCACAUACCGUGUGGUGGAUGCUGCAGGUAACUCUGUGCCAGGUACCUUCAAUUUGUUCCUGAAGCCUAUGAACAACCAACCUCCAGAGGUUACUAACAGCGGCUUCACUGUAGAAGAGGGGAAGAACUUUAUCCUGACCAAUAGGGAACUAGGUGUUAUAGACCUGGACACAGAUGCUGACAAAAUUGUGUUCACUUUAGCCCAGGGCCCCCAACACGGUCAUCUUCUUUACUUGGAAGGAGUUAUGGCCUCAGGGACUUAUUUUAUGAGUGAUGAUAUUGUUAAUGGGCAUGUCUCCUAUCAACAUGGUGGUGGAGAGACCACCAAUGAUGCCUUCCAGUUGGUUGUAAGUGAUAGAGUCCACCAAGUACCCAUUACUGUCCGGGUUACUGUAAAGACUGUUGAGGAUGGGAUCACCGUUCCUGAAGGUGGCUGGGUGGGUACUUCCAUUGAAGUCCUAGAGAAUGGUGCCACAAAAAUGACCACAGGUAUCAUCCAGGGUAAAGAUAAGGACACAGAUAUCCUAAUGUUAACCUUCUUGGUAGAAAAGCCCCCAAAGUUGGGCAUUAUCUUAGUUAAUGGGCUGCCCACAGAACAGUUCACCCAAGGAGAUCUCAUUAAUGGGGCAGUAGCUUAUGCCCACACUGGGGGUGAGAUUGGCAUGCAGAAACAGCAUGAUGCCUUCAAACUUACAAUAUCUAACCACUCUGAUCUCUGGUUGGUUGAGGGCAAAAUAGUGGAGGGUGUGCAAGUACAGGUGACUGUGUUACCCAUAGAUAGUGUGCCUCCUGAAAUGAAGGUGGGGGAGCUAUUCAGUGUCCCUGAGGGUGGGAAGAGCACCUUGACACUGAGACAUUUAGACACUAAGGAUGUAGACACCCCCCAUAAUGAUAUCUUGUGUACUAUCAUUGGCCAGCCCUCAUUUGGUUACCUGGAAAAUAACUCUCCAGCCCCUGGCUCAGAGAAGUCCCAGGCUGGCAGCCCUAUCAGUGCCUUUACCAUCAAGGAUAUAUGCCAAGGGCACAUCAAUUUUGUCCAAAGUAUUCACAAAGGGGUAGAACCAAGGGAGGAUCAGUUCACUUUUCAUUGCUCUGAUGGUAUCAACUUCUCCCCCAACCACAUUUUCCCUAUCAUCAUCCUGCCUACCAAUGAUGAACAACCAGAACUUUUCACCCAUGAGUUUGUGGUGCUGGAAGGGAUGAGUCUAGUUAUAGAUACUCCUCUACUCAAUAGUGCUGAUGCAGACCUGCCACCAGAUGAGCUACAAUUUCAGGUCACAGUCCUUCCCCAAAAUGGACAAAUUGUGCAGCAAUUGGCCACUGGAAGCCGACCUGUCCAUAGCUUCACACUGGAGGAGAUUCAAGAGGCCUCCACCAUUGUAUAUGAACAUGAUGACUCAGAGACUACAGAGGACAGCUUUGAGAUUUGGGUGACUGAUGGGAAACACAUAAUCCAUAGGAAGAUACCAAUCGCAGUGAUCUUAGUGGAUGAUGAGACCCCAAGGCUGAUCAUCAAUGAUGGACUGGAAGUAGACACUGGACAGACCAAAGUCAUCACCAACCAUGCCCUGAAGGCCACAGACCUUGACUCAAAUGAUAAGGACCUUGCUUACAUUCUUCGAUCAGAGCCAGGACAAGGACUCCUACAGAAGCUCCUGGAGCCUAGAGGGAGGGUAGGGAGCAACCUUACUUUGGGUAUGAACUUCACGCAGUCUGAAAUUGACCAAGGUUUAAUCUGUUAUAGUCACAAAGGCCUGGAAGGGGUCCGGGACCUAAUCAGAUUUGAUGUGACUGAUGGAAUUAACCCCUUGAUAGACAGGUCUUUCUAUGUCACCAUCAGUAGCACAGACAAGGUUUUUCCUGAAGUGAUCAAUAAAGGAGUGACCCUGAAGGAAGGUGCCAGAGUGAUCCUCACCACUGACCUUCUCAGCACUAGUGACAUCAAUAGCCCUGAUGAACAAUUACAUUUCAGCAUCACCAGAGCCCCAACCCGAGGCCACCUAGAAAGUUCUGACCUACCUGAGGAGCCAAUCAGUUCUUUUACCCAGCUGCAACUGGCUGGCAACAAAAUCUCCUAUGUCCACACUGCAGAAGAUGAGGUAAAGAUGGACAAAUUUGAGUUCAAGGUUUCUGAUGGACACAAUUCUAUACUCCGAACCUUCCAUGUCUCUAUCACUGAUGUGGAUAAUAAGAAGCCUAUCUUAACCAUUCACCACCUGUUAGUAUGUGAAGGGGAGAAAAAGCUGAUAACUCCAUUUGAACUGUCAGCUGAGGACCAGGAUAGCCCAGAUGGCCUUCUACGCUUUACCAUCACCCACUUCCCCAUCCAUGGACAAAUUCUGUAUAAUGGCAGCCAGCCCAUUACCAGUUUCACCAAACAAGACCUGAAUGAGAAUUUGAUCAGCUAUCGGCAUGAUGGCACUGAGACCACUGAGGACAGUUUCUCUUUCAUUGUGACAGAUGGCACACAUACAGAUUUCUACAUCUUCCCAGACACAGUCCUGGCAACACACAAGCCCCAGGUGAUGAAAAUCCAGAUCAGCUCCUUGGAUAAUGGAGUACCCCAGAUUGUGGUCAACAAGGGUGCCCCAGCUUUGAGGCUUCUUCAGACUGGCCACUUGGGCUUCCUGAUCACCAGUAAAUCUCUAAAAGCAAAAGAUCAAGACAGUCCUCAUAAACUUCUAAAGUAUGCAGUCAUCAGUGGACCAAAACAUGGCAGCCUCAUCCACCUUGGCCUUGGAAAUGGGAACAUUAAGAUGUUUACACAAGCUGAUAUUGAUGAGAUGAAGGUCUGCUAUGUCUUGAAAGAGGGCAGCAAUGCAACUAGUGACAUUUUCUACUUCUCUGUUGAAGAUACUGAAUCAACAGUUUAUAUUCCAGAGCCAGAAUACAGAAUAGAAGAGGACGCUGGGGAAUUCUUGAUUCCUAUAAGGAGGUCUGGAGAUGUAAGCCAAGAACUCAUGGUAUUUUGCUCUACACAUCAAGGUACUGCUUCAGGCACAAUUCCUUCCACUGUCUUAUCUUACUCUGACUACAUCUCCCGCCCUGAAGACCACAAUAGCAUCAUCCUUUUUGAUAAGAACAAAACUGAGGAAACAUGCCGAGUUAUAAUCAUUGACGAUUCCCUUUAUGAAGAAGAGGAGACCUUCAGUGUAACACUGAGCAUGCCAAUGGGUGGCCAAGUUGGUGUCAGCUAUCCCAGCACCAAAGUUGUUAUCCUGAAAGAUGCUGAUGAUGAACCUGUUCUGUAUUUUGGGAACACUGAAUAUUCCGUUGAUGAAAGCGCUGGUUCUGUAGAAGUUGGUGUAUGGAGAAAGGGGACUGACCUUUCCAAACCAGCCACAGUCACCAUUCAAACCAAGAAGACAGAGCCAGUGUCAGCAGAAGCUGGCAUGGAUUAUGUUGGUGUGAGCCAAAGCCUCGACUUUGCACCUGGAGUAAAUGUGAAAACUUUCCGUGUGACUAUUCUGGAUGACCUGGGACAACCUGCCUUGGAGGGCCCAGAGAAGUUUGAAUUGGUUCUCCGAAUGCCCAUGGGCUCGGUGGUUGGAGAACCAAGCACAGCUACCAUUAUCAUCAAUGACACUAUCACAGAUUUGCCCACGGUUCAAUUCAAGAAGCCCUCUUACACGGGAAAUGAAAAAGAUGGGCAGGUCAGAGCUGUCAUCUACCGAAAUGGAGACAUUAGCCACAGCUCCACGGUACGCUGCUACACACGCCAGGGUUCUGCCCAGGUGGAUGUGGAUUAUAAGGAAAGACCUAAUACAGAUGACUCCAUUGUCACUUUUCUCCCAGGUAAGAACUCUGGGUUCACUUUGAUCCCAGAGAUAACACAGAGUAGCUGCUGUUUUGGUACCAAAAUAAAUAAAGCCAUCGUGUACAUUGAAGAAAUGGACAGCCUUGCAGAUGUCACCUUUCCAGCUAUUCCCCAAGUGGUGUCACUCCUCAUGUAUGAUGACACAUCUGCAGCCAUAGAGAAAUCCAGCCCCCCAACUGGCUACCCUGUUGUGUGUGUGACGGCCUGCAACCCCAAAUAUUCUGACUAUGACAAGACAGGGUCCAUUUGCAUAGCAGAAAGCAUUAACGACACUCUGACUCUGUAUCGGUGGCUAGUGGGGGCUCCAACCAGCAACAAUGGCGCCACCAGUCUCAUGCAAGAAGUCAACGCCAACACUUUCUUCACCAACACCAAAUCCAUUGCCCUUGACUCUCUCUACUUCCAAGCUGGGUCGAGGGUACAGUGUGCCGCACGGGCUGUAAGUAUAAAUGGUGACGUGGGGCUGGAGCUUCUGAGUUCCAUCAUCACGAUCAGCCAAGAUGAUGGCUUCUGUCAGCCAUAUAUGCCUGGAACUGUAGGAGCCAAACCUUUCUCAGCCAAGAUUCACUACACUGGACCAGAUGAUCCUGAUUACCCUAACCUGAUCAAGCUCACUGUGAUGAUGCCUCACCUGGAUGGAAUGCUGCCAGUCAUCUCCACUCAACCUUUGUCCAACUUUGAGCUGACGCUAAGUCCUGAUGGAACUCGAGUGGGCAACCACAAGUGUUCCAACCUCCUGGAUUCCAGUGAGAUCCAGACCAAGCAUGGUUUUAUCACCGAAUAUAGCAGGAGCACAGAUGGAAUCCGCGAGGCACUACCCUACCAGGACAAUGCUUCUUUGAGGUCUGCCCAGACCCUGCGCUUUUACCACAACCUGAAUCUUGAUGCCUGCCUCUGGGAAUUCAACAGCUACUAUGACAUGUCAGAACUGCUGACAGCCUGCGGUGGCUCUGUUGGCACUGAUGGCCAGGUAUUAAACCUAGUGCAGUCCUACGUCACCCUGCGUGUGCCCCUCUUUGUCUCCUACGUCUUUCAUUCUCCAGGAGCAACCGGGGGCUGGAAGCAUUUUGACUUACAGUCUGAGCUGAGGCUUACUUUUGUGUAUGACACCUCCAUAUUGUGGAAGGAAGGUAUUGGCAGCCUUCCAGAAUCAGAGCUUCACGGAACUCUUCAUCCAAUCAGUAUGCGAAUCGAUGAGGAAGGACGGCUGGUGGUUAACUUCCAGACAGAGAUCCAGUUCCAAGGACAACUUGUAAUGUCUCACCCAGGAACCACUCUGUCAUCCAUGGUGAUGUCUAUGGACCAUCCUGGUCUCACCUUCACCCUGAGCCUCCUGAGGAGUGAGCCAACCUUCCACCAGCCAGAGCAGCGCUGGAGUUUUGUCUCUGGCUUUGCUAUUCGAGACUACUCUGGAACCUACACUAUCAAGCUUAUCCCAUGUGUGGCUGCCCCACAACAAAAAUAUUCUCUUCCUAUGAUAUGUCAUCCCCGGGAGCCAAUCGCUUUUGACCUUGUUGUCAGGUUCCAACAGGUCAGCGACCCAGUAGCAAUGGAAUUCAGUCUAAAUACUCGGAUGUUCCUCCUUUCCAAAAAGGAGCUCUGGAUAUCCAAUGACUCCAUGGGCUUUGGGGAAGGAUCUGAUGUAGCCUUUUCUGAAGGAUCAACGAUCUAUGGCCGAGUUAUGGUGGACCCUGUUCAGAAUCUUGGUGAUGCUUUCACUUGUAACAUCGAGCAAGUCUUCCUGUGCACGGGCGUUGAUGGCUACGUACCCAAGUACAGCCCAGAAAAUAAAGCCUAUGGAUGCCUGGCUGACUCAUCCUCUCUCCUGUACAGAUUCAAGAUACUGGAUAGAGCUCAGCCAGAGACACAGGCCAGGAGAUUUCGAAACGUGUCAUUCAAUGCUCAUUUAGCCACUGACCGAGCGGACGCAAUUCCUUUGGUAAAACAGCCAGGAUCUGAUGGUUUCAGCCUGUCCUCGGCAGCCCUCUUCCAGGUGGCUGCUGGCAGAGAGUGGUAUCUCCACGCAGUUUAUACUGUCCGGUCGAGAGAAAGUACAAAGAAAGGCAUUGGGAGGAGGAGCACAGAACAGAACCACAUGCCUGCCCUAGCCAGGGGCCCCGGCACGGCUCUUUCUCUGAAUCGCAGUAGAAGAGCCGCCUCGGAUGCCCCAACCCUGGCUCUAGACAUCGGCGCAGAUGACAGCAGGGGCACUGACAUUCAGCGCGUGGCCCUGGUCCGGUCCAUCGCGGCUGCCUUGGGCCACGAGGACCCUCUGCCACCAGGGACACAAGGCCAGCAGCCAGAGUUAGACACGGCGGAGGCAAAGAUGCACAGUGGUGCUGGGCCCAUGUUAGGGGCAGGAGGUGGCCUGUUGCUGCUGAGCUGCACAGCCCUAGUUGCAGUGUUUCUCCUGAGACAUAGGAAAAGAGGGCCUUUAGGGAAGGAUGUCCCAGGCAGCAGGAAAACCCCAACCAUCCAGCACAGCUCUUCGGAGGUUUAGUGUUGGCUUCCGGAUCCAAGUCAGAGGUGCUCCUGCUUGUUACUGGUCCUUCAUGCAGAGCACAGAAACUGUCUUCAGAAUACAAACUGAAAUUAGGGCUCCUGGCUCAGUGCUGGAACAGCCUCGUCACUCUGACC